AUGUGUGAACCGAAAGUAAAUUUAAGCGAUGAAGAAUGGAAAGUAAAAUUAACGCCGGAACAAUUUCGUGUAUUACGUCAAAAGGGAACAGAGCAGGCUUAUACUGGCGAAUAUGAAAAUCAUGAAGACGAUGGCGUUUAUAAAUGUGCUGGAUGUGAUGCACCAUUAUACAAUUCCACAACAAAAUUUCAAUCGGGAUGUGGAUGGCCAGCAUUUUUCAACGCUAUUCCUGACGCUAUCACUCGAAAAACAGAUACUAAUAGAAAACAUACUGAAAUUCUUUGCUCAAAUUGUGGCAGUCAUUUAGGACAUGUAUUUAAAAAUGAACGUUUCAAAAACGGAGCACAAACAUCAAACGAAAGACAUUGUGUUAAUAGUAUAUGCCUAAAAGUUGGACAAGUGAAAUAUAUUCAAAUGAUAAUGACAGAUCAUGAUUUUCCUCCAUUGAAAAAUAAUUUAAUAUUACGUGCAUGUCGUGGCGAACAUGUUGAUCACAUUCCUGUAUGGAUUAUGCGUCAAGCUGGACGUUAUUUACCAGAAUAUUUAGAAUUACGUAAACAACAUUCCUUUUUUGAUAUAUGUCGUACACCGGAGUUGGCAUGCGAAGUCACAUUACAACCAAUUCGUCGAUUUGAUCUCGAUGCAGCUAUUAUUUUUUCGGAUAUUCUUGUUGUUCCACAAGCACUUGGCAUGGAAAUAGAUAUGUUACCAAAAGAAGGACCAAGAUUUCGUCAACCACUUACGGUACCGGCUGAUAUCAAACUAAGAAUUGAUCGUACGAAACAAGCGAAACAAGAAUUAAAAUAUGUCUAUGAUGCCAUUACAUUGACAAGACAACAGUUGAAUGGACAAUGUCCACUGAUCGGAUUUGCAGGAGCACCAUGGACAUUGAUGUCAUACAUGAUCGAAGAAAUAUCGAAAGCUGGUUGGUCGACAAUUGACCAAUCAGAUGAGUUUUCGCUUGGCAUAUUGGGUACUGCCUGGAGAAAAGAUUCUCCGUUGGCUUUGAAAUUAUAA